UGUACUACUUACUACUACUAGAAAUUUAAUCUCCAUCUAAUUAUCCGCUUCCUAUCUCUUCAUUCCCGUAUUCUUCAGGCCCCAAUCUCUGCAGCGUCACCGGAUCGGUUCACCGCAGACUCCAUCCGGCCCUGUUCUUCCCCAAUUGCCGCUCCCCGCGGCCUGAACAGCUUCACCGUGCCCGCCCAGUUUCCCCGGUGUGUGUGUCGGCAAUUCUAAUGGCUCAAUCCUUACCCAACAAUUGGUUUCUGUGCCCCUUCUCCCAUAUAAGUACAUAAUACCCGUGGAGAUGACCAUUCUUCGAAUUCAUAGUGCUUUUCUUUGACUCUCUUCGAUUUCCCUCGGUCCGCAUCUAGACCGCAACGGACCGCCCGGGAGACUUUCGGCCUCGACGAGCAAGAUAGAAGACGCGCUUUACAUCCUUGUUCUCCAGCUUACAGGGCGAAGGGACAGAAAAGAAAAAGAAAAGAAAGGAGAGAAGUCCGAAAGAAAUUCCAUAUACGGCCUUGGCGCUGAGAAAAUCGGAAUUGUUUCAAUAGUUUCAACAUGCAUAUCCUGCUAGUCAAUGACGAUGGCCCACCCAACAAGCGCCUCUCGCCCUACGUGCGCCCUCUAGUCGACGAGCUCCACGCCGCCGGUCACCGAGUCUCCGUGGCCAUCCCGGCCUCCUCUCGCUCAUGGAUCGGCAAAGCCCACAUCAUCGAGGCCUCGCUAACCGCGAGCUUCGUCCACCCAGACUCCUUCCGCGACGACGGCUCCUGGGACGAAGACUACGAGCCAAGCCCUGAAUCCGCACACCUCGCCGAUUGGGUGGUCAUCCAGAACGGCACACCGGCUAGCUGCGCCCAGCUCGGUCUAUACAAUCUCUUCCCGGACCGCCCGCCAAUUGACCUGGUUAUUUCGGGCCCAAAUCACGGUCGCAAUGCCUCGACUAUCUACAAUUUAUCAUCGGGGACCGUCGGCGGGGCCCUCGAGGCUGUGUUCUGUGGUCAGCGCGGUAUCGCGAUUUCCUUUGGUAGCAAGGAUCCGCAAGCGGCGGAUGUGAUUGCCGCUGCGGCGCGGCAUGCUGUUCGGAUCGUGGCCCAUUUGCUUGGCCAUUGGGAUGAGCGUGUUGAGCUGUAUAAUAUCAAUGUCCCUAUGCGCAUUGAUGUCGAGACACAGCCGGUCUUGUAUACGCGUACUCUGCCGUAUUACUGGUCCCGUGGCUGUUUGUAUGCCGAGGCCGAACCCAAGCCUACGAAAAUGGUCAACGGUGCGUUGACGAAUGGUGUUCACAAGGAGCAGCGUGAUGGGGUUGCCGUGACUGGCGCGAAUGGCGCAAACGGCGUCAACGGUGUCAACGGCGUCAAUGGACAUAUCGAGGAGCCGAGCCGCAAGCAGCGCCAUUUCAAGUGGUCUGCUGAUUUGUCGGAUAUGAAGAAGAGACUCCAGGAGAGCGAGGAGGGUACGGAUGCACACACUGUCCUUAACGGAUCGACUAGUGUGACCGCUCUCCGCGCCAACUUCUGGCACGUCCCCGGUCUGGAUGGGCCGCUCCACCUGGAUCAAUAAAGACUUGGACAUCUCAGCAUCGGAGAAUUCA